ACGGCGGCACCGCUGGGCCCUGCCGGGCCUCUUCUGCUCGUACCUUCACGUCCGACUUUUUGGAUGGAAAUGCAGACAGUUCUACCCGGGCGGCCUUUGUCAUCAUGCUAUUCAUUUGCUGCUUCAUUGAACGCCGACCGAGGUCCCACCAGUGAUCCGCGGAGGACCACGUACGUGCAGCAGGUUGUCGUGCCGGGCUGACGCGUAGUGUUCUCGCAGCCCCGGGACUUGCGACAUGGCGGGACGGACGAGUGCUGGAUCCUAUAAGACCUCGCGAUGUGACAUACUUAUGCCUGCACACUUUUCCAAUUCUCUGUCCCCCACAGACCGAUCCAGAUGAAGCUCCUUUUGACCGGUGUCACUGGUGUAGCUGGUCUUGCAGUCUACCGCGCAGCCCUGGUCGAUCCUGCUGUUAGCCAUAUUACCGUCCUUUCCCGCCGACCGAUUCCUCCCUGGGCGGUCCUUCCGCCUAACGCCACGGCAAAAACGACCACCAUCAUACACGACGACUUUCUCUCGUACUCGCCGGACCUCGCCAAGCAGCUUGCGCAGAACGAUGCGUGCGUCUGGGCGCUGGGCAGGAGUGUUGCAGGGAUGAGCGAGAAGGAAUACACGGAGAUGACGCAUGGGUACCUGCUGAACGCAGCUAAUGCGCUGAAGGAUGCAGGCGUGGGCGAGGGCAGGAAGGAAGGCGAUCCGUUCAGAUUCGUCUUCAUCAGUGGAGAGAACGCGGAUCCGACCGAGACCAGUGUACAGAUGUGGGCAAGGGUCAAGGGUCGCGCCGAGACUGAUCUCACCGAGUUGUGCGCCUCUACACCGGGUAUGAAGGCACGCAUCUUUCGCCCAGCGUACUUCUUCCCGCCGAAGAAGUACCCCGAAGACCGGAAGAACCAGCGUCCGGCGUGGUUCCGCGCACUCGACAUUGUUAUGACACCCGUGGUAAAGACUCUGCUACCCUCUAUAUAUACGCCGACGGAGGACCUGGGCAAGUUCGCCAUUGAACUCGCGAAGGGACGAUGGCCUGAGAAGGUCCUGUUCCGCAAUGUCGAGAUGAGGGAGUUGGUCAAAGAGCUCUGAAUCUAGUAUAUUCUCAUUAUGUUCCAUAUACGACCCCACGUGGCAAGGUGUUUAGGGCUU